AUGGUUACCAUAGGCGAGGUGUCACUUGUCAACUACACAGUUGUCCCCCCCGGGUUCGACAACGGCUUGCAAAACGCUCCUUAUAACCAGUGGAUUGCCGUUAUCCACGGAUUUGUCCAAGUCAUACUGCCCCACAACGAAGCGUCAAGUCUUCUUGUUGUCGGCGGCCAGUACAGCCUGAUAUUUGCAGCAGAUACAGCAGAUACCUUUUGGGCAAUACUGUUCCUAUCGCCAAACUCCCAGGAUGCAGCACCGAGUAGUUUUGUCACCAGCUUCGUCGCCGUGCCCUUGAUCACGUACCUGGCAUCUGCGGCGUUCAUAGUCUACGUCUGGGGCCGCUCAGCUUGCAGCUUCAGAAGAUUCGUUUACGACCAGAUCCCAGCGGUGACACGGGCUGUUUAUGGAAUGACGGUCGUCGCUCUGAAUCAGCUGGUGGGCGUAGCCAAGAGGGUCUCGGACCGCUCAUCUCGCGGCUUCAGACGAUUCGUUUACGACCAGGUCCCCUCGGCGACGUGGGCUGUUUGUGGAAAGACGUUAAUGGCCUUAGCAACGUGCGUCUACUACCCGGCCGUAGCAGCCAUGGCUUUCGGAGGAUUCGUUUACGACCAGGUCCUAGCAGUGACGAAGGUCGUCUGUGGAAAGACGAACAUGGCUCUCGGAAGGUUCUUUUACGACCAGGUCCCAGCGGUGACGAGGGCCAUUUGUGGAAUGAUGGCCAUGGCUUUGAAAGAACUGAUGCGCGUAGCCAAGUGGAAGAAGAAUACACCGUGUGACCAGGAAAAUCCUAACGGUUUAGGUAAUGAAUACCUACUUUGA